AACUUGUGUCAGUUAUGUCCUGAAAACAGUAUCAUUUCCAGACUAACCUCUCCGCGGUACCUCGCGUCUCUUCGCUAACUCCUCGUCGUGGCGCAAGCGUUGCGCCACCCGGCCACGACGCCCGCGCAUGGGUGACGCCCGCCCGCCCCCCACCCCCAUGCUCAACAAACCAAACGCCCUCAAGCUGAACAGCGUAGCGCGCAGCAGUAGCCGCUACUCCGCCCGCGACCCACGCUUAAGAACUUAAACCUUUAUCUACUACAACUGCAGUAUUAAAGGGUAUUAUUUUCUACAAUGAAGACUGACGAUCCGAUUAUAGUCAAAUCCAGAACCCCACGCGCUAGAGGACACAGUGAUGGAGUCCGCGAAUCACUCCUCUCGGAUUCAACCUCAGGAAUUGACAGAGGCGAUGCGAGCAGCUCAUGUAGCGGAGAUUCCUUUUCUAGCCCCGAUAUCAGCAGCAAAGAUGAGCUGAGAGGCAGAGGAUUUAGUAAAGAUCAGAAAAAUGCGCUUAAUGAUUUGAAAAAUGGAAAGAAGCCGUGUAAUAUUACUGAGAAUCCGCAGGAUAAGUUAAAGAUGAAAGAUGUUGAAAGUGGAUCAGCAAAGAAAGCCAAAAUUCCUGAUGGUGGCUGGGGAUGGGUAGUAGUUGCGUCAUCUUUUAUAAUAUCGAUGAUUGCAGACGGCAUAAGCUUUUCCUUUGGUUUGCUGUACAUUGAGUUCCUUGAAGAGUUUGGAGCUAGUAAGUCGACCACUGCCUGGAUCGGUAGCCUUUUCAUCGCUGUUCCGCUGCUCUCUGGGCCUGUGAUGAGUGCUCUGGUUGACAGAUACGGUUGCCGUAGCAUGACCAUUUUAGGGGGAAUCAUUUCGACUCUCGGCUUCGUUCUGGCGUCUAUUUCAACCACGAUUGAAACGAUGAUGAUAACAUUUGGAGUGAUAGCUGGUUUGGGUCUGGGUUUAGUCUACGUCACUGCUGUUGUUUCUAUCGCCUACUGGUUUGAGAAGAAGAGAAAUUUAGCGGUUGGCCUGGGUGCCUGCGGAACUGGUGUAGGGACGUUUGUCUACGCACCGAUGACUCAAUACUUCAUCGAAGAAUUCGGUUGGAGAGGAACCAUUUUAUUACUCUCUGGUACUUUGCUAAAUCUUUGCGUGUGUGGUUGUGUGAUGCGAGACCCAGAAUGGUGGAUUUUGGAACAAAAGAAAGAAAAGGAAGCGAAGCCUUUGAAGGAUAUUGAUAAGGCUAAUCAAGAGUUAGCGCUUAUGCCCACAGCAUCCAUUAAAAGGCCAUACAAGAAAUCCGCUUCACUCUGCGUUUCUGAUGUCAUGCCGCUAUCGAAUAGGGAAAUUAAUGGAAGGGUCACAAAAUUCAAAGUACCUUUGAUGGAACGAGAGUUCCAUAAUGUACUACAUAAACAUCAAAAACAAAUUUAUAGAAACAACAAGUUAGCAUUGGGAUGGCCUGUCCAGGAGCUACCUAGAACUGAGUCUUUGUACACAAUUCCGUCGUAUUUGGAAUCCACUGAUCGUGCAACACAGCGGGUGCUGAAACAAUUGACUCAAUCGCCAAUUAUGUUAACGAAGGCAACUGAAAUAGCUUCACCGAUCCUGGGCGAAGACAACGAUCCUCCAUGCGUCACGUUCCCGAAACAGCCCAUGCGUCGUUCCUACUCCGUAGACUUCUAUUUCCGAAAAGAAGUCAGAAGAUCCAUCGACUAUCAGCUAAAAAAUCCUAACGCUGGUAGAGUAUUGAAAAAAUCUAAAUCGGAAACAAAAGAGGAUCGCAAUGUGCUUGUAAAGCAGGACAGUAAAGGUGACAGAAGGGAUUGGCUGAAGAAACAGCUGUCAGUCAACCAUCAUUAUCUGAAAGAUUUGAAGAUGCCUUUGAAUUCUAUUGGCCAUAGGAACGCAAUGUUGAACAUAAAUAGAUACAGACUGAAAGCAUCUUCUUGCCCUGAUAUAUUCAAGAAUUCUAUGGUCACCAUCAAUGACGAAGAAGAGAAAUGCUACGAUGACUGCCUGGUCUGCGUCUCAGACAUGUUCAACGUGUCCCUCUUCAAGAAGGCGACCUUCAACCUGCUCUGCGCCGGCACCAUCUUUCUGUUCAUCUGGUUCAUCGUCCCGUACUUCUACCUGGCUGAACACAUGAUCCACAAGGGCUAUAGCGAAGAUGAUGGCGCUGUCAUGCUCAGCUUGAUCGGGAUCACCAAUACCAUCGGAAUGGUGGGCCUAGGCUACAUAGGCGACUUCCCAAGCGUCUCAAUCGGCAAUCUCUACGCGGUCUGCCUCGUCCUCUGCGGGGCAUCUGUCGCCGCCAUCCCACCCGCCGCCUCCAACUACUGGCUUCUCGGCUGUGUGGCGGCGGCCUUCGGCUUGCUGUUCGCCGCUUCGUUCACGUUCACACCCAGCCUGUUGGUGACGCUGGUGUCGCUGGAUGAUUUUACGUCGGCGUAUGGAUUGGUGCUGCUCGCUCAGGGGAUUGGACAUUUGAUUGGACCGCCUUUGUCAGGUCUCAUCUACGACCUAACCCUGUCCUGGGAGCUCUCAUUCUACCUGGCCGGGGGCUGGAUCGUGGUGGCCGGCGUGCUCAUUUCCUUCAUCCAUCCAUUCCGUGCGUUGGAGCAGAGGCGACAGGCCAAUCAGGAGAACGAGGCUAUAUAAACAACCAGCUAUCAUCUCCCUGCAAGGAAACAAAAUGGUAACAUAAUUGGUAG